AGCUGGGGCACCGGGCCCCUCAGCACCACAACCCUUCUUCCUCAUCCCCCUGCCCUCCGGCCUCCGGCUCUCCCAGCAGCAUGGCCUUCAAUGGCAAGUACGAGUUCGAGAGUGACAAGAAUUACAACGAGUUCAUGAAGAGCCUCGGGCUCCCCAGCGAUGCUAUCGAAAAGGGCCGAAACUUCAAGACUGUCACGGAGGUGCAGCAGGACGGGCAGAACUUCACCUGGUCCCAGCACUACCCGGACGGCCGCUCCAUGACCAACAAGUUCACCAUCGGCAAGGAGUGUGACAUGGAGACCAUGGGGGGCAAGAAGUUCAAGGCCACUGUGCACAUGGAGGGUGGGAAGAUUGCGGUGGAGUUCCCCAACUAUCGCCAGACCUCGGAGAUCGUGGGCGACAAGCUGGUGGAGAUCUCCACCAUCGGAGGCGUGACCUAUGAGCGUGUGAGCAAGAGGCUGGCCUGAGCAACCAGGCACGGUUCUUGUGGGGGGUGGGGGCACAGAGCCACCAGGAAAGCUGGGAUAAGAACAGA